AACAAUUCAAAAGUUGAUAAUUAAUACAACAUAUAAAUGCACCUGCUGUCAUCAACUAACCUCAUGCAGCUUCACCUGUUUCCAUUUACUUCACCUCGUUGGGGCUUUAUAGUGAUCAGCCCCUCAUUGUUCUCAACCCACGUUUCCAUUCUUUGCUGUUGAAGUAGUAGACAGAUAUGGCGAGGGAAAGAAUCAAGCAGGUUUGUUUGAUGUGGGCUUUGGUUGCUGGUUUGCUGUGCCAAAACUUGGUCAUUGCUGUGACCUCCACUGGCCUUGGAGAGCAGAAAAACUACUAUCCAUCUCCAGAUCCUCAUGCAGGAACUCCCGCCUCUGGUUCACAUGGAACACCACCAUCCCACGGUUCAGGUGCCUCACCUCCCUCUCAUGGAACCCCAUCUCAUGGAGGUGGUUACCACCAUACCCCAACAACACCGUCGACUCCUUCGGGUGGAAAUUGUGGAACACCGCCGCAUGAGCCAUCGACUCCAUCGACACCGUCGCACACUCCUUCACACGGUAGUCCCCCAUCAUACGGAGGUGGGAGUCCCCCAUCAUACGGAGGUGGGAGUCCACCAUCAUACGGAGGUGGGAGUCCACCAUCAUACGGUGGUGGAAGUCCGCCAACUCCCACUAUCGAUCCAGGAACUCCAAGCAUUCCCACACCUCCAUUCUUUCCUGCUCCAACUCCACCGAUCGGUGGUACAUGCGAUUUCUGGAGGAGUCACCCCACACUGAUAUGGGGUCUGCUUGGUUGGUGGGGCACUUUAGGCAGUGCACUCGGUGUGACUAGCGCUCCCGGGUUUGGAGCAACCAUGAGCUUGCCCCAAGCACUUUCAAACACACGUACCGAUGGAAUCGGGGCGCUCUACCGGGAAGGAACCGCCUCAUUUCUCAACUCCAUGGUGAACCACAGGUUCCCAUUCUCGACUAAGCAAGUCAGGGAGAGUUUUGUCUCCGCACUUGGUUCGAACAGUGCUGCAAAAGCUCAGGCUCGUCUCUUCAAGCUCGCCAAUGAAGGCCACCUCAAGCCCAGGACCUAAGCAAAUACCUUUUGGUAAUUGUGUCAGUUCCAUUAAGCAUUUUAUCCACUAGUGUGUGCUACUUAGAUUUUAUGUUCCUAGUAUUUCACCAUCUAUAAUGCUACAGCUUUCAUUUGGAUAGAUACCGUGUCCGGAACUAAUUGUUACGUUUAUGUUUUCUUAUUGUUAAAUAAGAUUUAUUUUGCUUCA